AUGCGCCGUCAGCGCCAUCCGCCCUUCAUCUCAUGCAUGCGGUCGAGAGAUGAGAUGUGUGUAUGCGAGGGGACUCGGGGCGGGCAGAUCGCGGCCGGCCUGAGUAGCGAGCGAGCAGCGCCAAGACCGUGUUGUGCUUUCCAUGUCGCUGCUGCUGUCGCUGUCGUUCCCGAUACUAGCGCGCCCAGGUCCGAAUCAAUCGCAGCCGACGUCGACUCACCUUCUCCCCCACAACGCCUCGCUGCUGCUGCCGCCAUGCUCCCAACCACCCAAUCCCUCCCCCCCCAACCUCGCCGGCUACUGUCUCAGGUAUACUAA